AUUAGCUUCUCUCUCCCCUAUUUUUAAAAUGCAUCAUAGACACUAGUUUGCAAUAGAAAUUGGUUUCUUUCCAUAACAGUUAUUGUUUGACUGUAUGAGCAUGUUGUAGUUUCCUAAGUAGAGGAGGGCCAGUUUAUCUUCAGAGAUUUGGAUGACAUGGGGAAGCUCAGUUUUGGCAAGAUGUUAGAUUGUCUUUGUCUUAAUACAAGUUCAUGUUCUUGUUUCUGCCUCAACACCUUGGAGAGUGAAGAUGAAUUUGAGGAAAAACCACUCAUCAUAAGUGAAAGAACCCAGUUGCUGAGGUUAAAAGAUGUUGUUUCUGGUAACCAGACACUGGCGUUUCAGUUAAAGCCCAAGAUGGUGGUGCUGAGGGUGUCCAUGCACUGCAAUGGAUGUGCAAGAAAAGUUGAGAAACAUAUAUCCAAACUGGAAGGGGUGACAUCAUACAAAGUAGACCUGGAAAGCAAGAGGGUGGUGGUGAUUGGGGACAUAAUUCCUUAUGAAGUGCUAGAGAGUGUGUCCAAAGUCAAAAAUGCUGAGAUUUGGAAUUCUUAAUCAACCCUUAUGAUGAAGAAUAUCUUGCUCCUGCAUGCGCACUUCCAUAUUUUCCAAAAAUAUACUCUUUGUUUCUAUAAAAUAGUAAUUAUUAUCAUAAGCUUGUACAUUUCAUGUUCUCAGGAAUCUGUUGUUCUCUUGUGCAGAUGAAAUUUAAAAAUAUCUGUAUAAUCUUUAAGAAUGUUAUGCUUACUCACAAUCUUAAUAACCUCUUACUAUCCUGUGUAAAUAUAACGGUAUAGUAUAGAUACUAUGCAUAUAGUACCUGUACUAUGCCAUUAUAUUUACACAUAUAAUACCCGUAUCAUACCGUUAUAUUUACACAAGAUAAUAGAGGUUAGUAAGAUUGUGAGUAAGCAUAGUUUUAUUGUAAUCUAUAUAUAGGAAGUUAAGCUUCCAGUUUGUCAA